AUGGGGCAACAACAACAACAACAGCAGCGACGGCUGGUCUCUUUGCAGGAGUCUGUGCCCCCCGGGGCCCAUCCCGGCUCCCUCAUGACCCUCAUGGAAUUCCUCCGAUUCAUUGCCGGUGAUGGCGGGGUGGAGAAGCAACAGCAGCAGGAGGCGGUGGUGCUCUCUGCGGCGCCGGCGGUGGUGCGUGUAGCUGGUGUGCUGCUACUAUUAGAAUACGCCGCGCCAGAGGUGCUUGCCGCGCCUGGGCCUGGUGUGCCGUUUCACGUUCCUCCCGACUUCUUCAACAUGACGGAGCGCUGUCUGCAAUUCUUUCUUGUCGAUGUUCUCUGGGGCACUUCCUUUGCCUCUUUUGGAGUCUCGCAGGCGCGGCAAGCGCCAGCAGAGAGUGUGACCUCGACAUUGUCCACCUGUCGUCGUGAAGGCCUGGUGGCGUUUGCCACAACGUUCACCUCACUUGUGUCGCUCGCUAGCACGAUGCUGAGCGUCACUGAGGCGCAGCCCAAGAGUCGUGGCUCUGCUGCGGCCGUUGGCAGUGGUGCCGCGGAGGCCCCCGAACACCUAAGGCGUGCGUUGCAGCGCCUCGAGGGGUUGGUAAUGCUGCUGAGCGAGCUCAUCCCACACGUGAUACGCUGCUCUGGUGACGUGGGCGCCGCGACAGAGCUCCUGUCGGUGCUCGUACCAUCCUCUUCGGUAGAGUCGCCGCUCUUCGCUGGCGUUGCGAGGCGCAGCUUGGACGUCCUGCGCCGCUGGUCAGUGCCGACCGCAGACAAUCCCCCGGAAGCAGGAAAAGGCGUCAUGGCCGAAGCCAUUGUGAUGUCGCAGCAGCAGCAGCAGUCUGAUAGGACAGCAGUAGGAGGAGAGGGAGUCGGUGCUGGGAUGCCGCCACUCCUCGAAGAGGAGGUAGGCAGUAAGCUGCAAAGUGUGGCGCGUGCAUCGAUGAGCGCCCGCAACCGAGCGGUGCUGCAGCGGUUCCUCGGCAACACCAGCAGCGAUGAGGCACGGCAGAUGGCGAAGACGACUCUGCAGACAAUUGUGCUGCUCUACCCGCCCGACCUUGGGCGUCGUCAGCAGCAGCAGCAGCAGCAAAAGCAAAAGGGUUUUCUGUUGGGGAAGGAAAGGGGCGCAAAAGAGAAUGAUGAUGAUGGUGACGAUGAGGAGGAGGGAGAGGAGGAAGAGGAUUGCAACGGUGAGGAAACAGAGGCGCUGCAGGGCAUGCUGCUGGAGCUCGCACGCGUCGUUGCUCACACCGGCGACGACGCGGAAUUCCGCUCGCUGUUGUCUGGGGCUCUGCUGGGCGUCUGCGCCGCGCUCGGAUUCCCUUCGUCUCCGUGA